AUGCCACCCCGCCCAUCUAGCCUACUGCGAUCAAUCGCUCAAACGUCGACUUCUCGGCUGUCGCGCAUAUCCUCGCCAUACAUCUGUCACUCAUGUCUCCGUCGCACGGGUCCUGCUCUUCCGCGGCGCAUACAAGUCUCGCAUUUCCAUGCUACGGCCCCACGAUACGCGGACGCCCUAGUCAAUCAUUACGAGACGCUACACCUCACUUCGACGGCGACUGCUUCUGAGAUCAAGCGCCAGUUCUAUACGCUCUCGAAGAAAAACCACCCGGACCAUAACCGCAACGACCCCGAAGCCUCCACACGUUUCGUCGCAAUCAGCGAGGCAUACCACGUUCUUUCUGUACCGGAGAAACGCGCGCAAUACGAUGCACAACUAGAGCACUCGCAAAGACAAUCACGCUGGGGAGCGAGCGGGGGUGAAUAUCCGCAAGGGAGUUACAGUUCCGCUGCAUAUGGCUCAAGGCCGGCCAGCGGGCUGAACAAAAAGCGCAGCACCUUCCGAGGGCCACCGCCCUCGUUCUAUAAGGCCGGCGGCUAUGGACGUCACGGCGCGAAGCGAGCCGAAUACGCAUAUUCCAACGCACAGGAAGGUGGGGAGUCAUCCAAUCAUGCUGGUCAAGAAUCCUACGGCGAAUGGGGUGGAUUUGGCCCUGGUCAGCAGAAACAAGGGAAUCAAGUUCCACACUUUGACAACGUCAGGCACAAGGAAACGCAGGACAAUGUGAACGAGCAUAUUUGGGCUAGGCGGAAAAAGCUGCGUAGGAACAUCAAGGUAGAGGAGGAGUGGGAAAAGGGCAACAUGAUUGUCAACUUUCUCGCGGUCUCUGCUGUUAUCGCCAUGAUCGGGAUUACGGCCAAGUUUUUCGAGAGCCGGCAUGAGUCGCACCCACGUAAAACUAAAGAGAGCGCUUGA